UGUUUGCUGCUUUUUCCCGGCUUCUCGGCUUCUCGCUCUGCGGAGGCGGUGGUGUGUUUGCUGCCUUUUCUUUUCUCUGGGGAGUCUUGGGUUCUCUUUCUCUCCUCGCUCGUGUUCUUUGGGUGCCUCGUCGUUGGUGGCCGGCGACGAGGUUGUGAAACUGAUGCAGAGAAGGUGAAGAAGCUCUUGCAAAAGGAGAAGAGUCAGAAAUUCCUUCAUGAAUUGUUCCAUUUGAUUUCUGUUCAGGCUGCGAGGUACGGUGUCUGAGCCUCAAAGCAAAACAGAGAGUCGGAGACGAAAGCUGCAAUAAAUGGAGGCGGACUCCGGGUCAGAGCAACAUGGGUGCGUGCAUUACAGGAGGAAAUGCAAGAUAAGGGCGCCGUGUUGUGGUGAGGUCUUCGGCUGCAGGCAUUGCCACAACGAAGCCAAGGAUUCGCUGGAGGUCAAUGUCCGCGACCGCCACGAGGUUCCUCGCCACGAGAUCAAGCUGGUUAUCUGCUCUCUCUGCAACAAAGAACAGGAUGUACAACAAAAUUGUUCAAACUGUGGGGUGUGCCUGGGUAAAUACUUCUGCGCAAAAUGCAACUUCUUUGAUGAUGAUGUAUCGAAGAACCAAUUUCACUGCGAUGGAUGUGGCAUAUGUAGAACUGGUGGUGCAGAGAACUUCUAUCACUGUGAAACAUGCGGAUGCUGUUAUAGCUAUUUGUUGAAGGAUUCUCAUCGUUGUGUGGAAAGAGCAAUGCAUCACAAUUGCCCAGUAUGCUUUGAGUAUCUAUUUGAGUCGACAAAAGCUGUCAGUGAUUUGCAUUGUGGACACACAAUUCAUUUGGAAUGCUUGUACGAGAUGAGAGCGCAUCAACAGUUCUCAUGCCCGAUCUGCCUGAGGUCUGGCUGCGACAUGUCUAACGCAUGGAAAAAGCUUGAUCAAGAGGUUGCAGCCUCACCGAUGCCGGCGAUUUAUCAGAAGAAGAUGAUAUGGAUCCUUUGCAACGACUGUGGGACGACAUCAAACGUGCAGUUCCACAUUGUAGCGCACAAGUGCCCGGGAUGCAACUCUUACAACACCCGGCAGACAAGAGGCGCUCCACCUGCUGCAUGCUCAAGAGUUUGAGAGCUAAUGGCGGAAGCAAUGUUGCAAUCAAGCUCAUGUUAUCAAUAAGCUGUAGGCUGUUGAUUGCUGGGAGGAAAGCAUUCGCUGGAAUAAAGGAGAUUGGUGUGCCAACGCAGUUGAUGGUCAUGGCCUCUCACCGCGGUGAACUGGGGUUCAUUUUGCUGCGGUCGGUUGUAGUAUUGCUCCUGAAGCAUUUGGGAUACUAUGUUGCAUUAUUCUGCAUUUCUGUAUCUAAUUCUCCUUCACUCUAUGUACGAUCCUUAGAACCUUGAACAAUAUAGCCUGGCUACGUCUGAAUUUUCCAACAAAA